UUAGGGAUAAACAGGUCUUGUAUCCGUGGCAGCAGCUGAGGCAGACGAGUCGGGCGCUGGUUGCCGCGGACCAGGGAGAGGAGCUGCCUGCCGACGUCAGCCUGGACCACAGACGCUGCGGCUACGGGGUGGACAGUGUACAUGUCUGUCUUCCUCCAGCUGAACUCUGUGCUCCUCCAGGGCGGGCACCACGUGCACUCAUCUUUACCCCCAGCAUCUAGCAGUGCUGGCAUGUAGUAGGCACUCAAGAAAUGUGUGUUGAAUGAACGAUGCCUGUGACAAGCAGCUGGACUUUAUUCUUUCCUGACCCUUGCUCCUAUGACACACCUCCUCCUGGCUCCCCCUUCAAAGCAGAACUUCUCUUCUCUAGGGAAGCUGGAGGGAAACAGCCAUGGCCAAGGACAUCCUGGGUGAAGCACGGCUGCACUUUGAUGAGCUGAACAAGCUGCGGGUGUUGGACCCAGAGGUUACUCAGCAGACCGUAGAGCUCAAGGAAGAGUGCAAGGACUUUGUGGACAAAAUUGGCCAGUUUCAGAAAAUAGUUGGUGGUUUAAUUGAGCUUGUUGACCAACUUGCAAAAGAAGCAGAAAAUGAGAAGAUGAAGGCCAUUGGUGCUCGGAACUUGCUCAAAUCUAUAGCAAAGCAGAGAGAAGCCCAACAGCAGCAACUGCAGGCACUCAUAGCAGAAAAGAAAAUGCAGCUUGAAAGGUAUCGGGUUGAAUAUGAAGCUUUGUGUAAAGUAGAAGCAGAACAAAAUGAAUUUAUUGACCAAUUUAUUUUUCAGAAAUGAACUGAAAACUUCAUUUUGUAGCAGGAGGGCAAAAAAGAAAAAAGAAAAAAAAAAAACCCAUAACCCCAAAUCAAAAAACCCUCUGUACCAUUGCAGUGACUUAUGACCCAGUGUGUUGUAUAAGGUGUGUGAAGAAUGCAGCAUCUCUGAAGGCAGUAAUAAAUCAAAUCUGAGGGAGCUUUUUUCAGAUGUCAGUGCAUCUGCAGGUGAACACCCAGUGGCCAUGGUGGUCCAGGUUCUCACCUCUUGCAUUCUCAGUCUGAACUGAGCAGUAUGUGAACUUUUUUUUUCUUGGUAUAUUUACAAAGCUUUGGAAGGAAAAGCAAUAAAUUAUUAUUUUCAAA